AGCGGUGUCGGAGUGAGCGUGAUGCCGUUUCUGUCAGAUUAAGCAGCUAGUUUGACCUGAUGAAAUGGUUUGAGCUAUCGUUGAAACUGAAAACUAAAUCCUCCCGCAGCUAAAUCCCUCUUAUUGUUGUAGUCUGUGAAACGUGUUUGAUAUUUAACAGUUUCAAGCUAACUUUGCAAACUGUUCCCCUCCUCGACUUAAUGUACCCGUUAGCUGCUGUUCAUCUUCUUAAAAAAUGGACCCCACUUCAGCUGAGGUCCGGGCGGCCGUAGGUCAGUGUUUCAGGACGCUCUCGUCCUCCACGGUUUCUGAGGACAUCGUCGGUGCUCUCCGAACGCUUAAUUCUUUCCUGGACGAUGGACCGGAGAGCCCGGCCCCUCCAGCCCAGCGGGCGGAGUUCCGGAGAACUCACUACAGCCGCUCUCUUCGGUUUCUCGUGACCAACAUCCAGGCUGACUGGACGCACGGCCUCUCGGCCCCACAACGCGCGCAGCUGUGGGAUGGACUGUUCCUGGAAGGCCCUCCGGAGCAGGCCCUGCUGGUGCUGAUGGAGGCCAUUGGAGAGCUGAGAUCCAGCGCAGGCCUGGACCGGCUGCUCAGCAUCACAGAGGAGUUCCUCCAGCGGGGCCUCCUGGCGGAGCUGCUGGGGCGCCACUGUCUGCAGGCGGCCCCCGCAGACUCCCCCCAGCUCCGGGAGACGCUCCUGAGCCGGGUCAGCGCCCUGCCAGACAUCACCGCCAACACGUUAGGAGCCCACAGCAGGGCGGCGUUCCUCCCUCAGCAGUACUACCCGCUGCUGGCCACCGAGAUGCUGGCCGCGCUGCAGCGCACCUGCCUGGCACUCAGAGAUGGCACCGAUUGUUCUUUGUCUUUUGUGGCUCAACUAUUUGGGAAAGUGUGCAUCCAGGGACACAGUGGUGAGUUCUAUGCAUAUUACACAAGAAAAUACAGUUUUGUCGUACACACCUGCUCCAUCCUGAGGUUCUCUGUGCCCCCCCCCUCCGCCCCGACAGCCUCGGUUCUGGCAGUGAUGGCCCCUCACCUUUGCGUCCGGACGCGCUCUGACAUGGUGUGGCAGAGGGUCUGCUGGAAGCUGGUGGAGAGUGUUCCUGAGCGCUGGAUGGAGAGCGUGCUGACCGGGCUGGUUACAGCUGUUGGGGGACCUGAUACUUUGGGCAGGAUAAUUGGGAAUCUGGUGCUGACAAAUAAAAAGGCCCAGUUUGUUUUGACUCAUAAGCUGUUAUUACUCCAAUAUAAGUACAAGACACAAGUCUUGAGAACAAUUUUAGGUUACCUAGCGGCAGACAGGGAUCGAAGACCACUUCUUUCCCAGGUUGUGCGGUCGGUGUCGCAGGCCUGGGCUAACCCCAGCGCAGUGAAACACACCCCUGUGGAGCAGCAGCUCUACGUGAGCAGGGCCUUGCUGCUGAGCGUGAGCCUGCUGACGGACGGGGAGCUGCAGGAGCUCCGCUCAGACUUGCUCCAGUGCAUGCUGGGGGGCAUGCAGAGCCAUUUAGACAGCAGCGUGCUGCGGAUCAGGAACAUGGGCAUGGUGGUGGGCGAGUGCCUGAGCUCCCGCAUGGAUCUCAACGGAACCAGGCUCAAAUUUGAGUAUGAGCAGGAUGAAGAGACCCGAGAGCUGCUCGCUCUCAUGACCCCCAGCACAUUCAGCGAAGCAGAGCCAGAGCCUGGAAAUAGUGUCAACUCUCCUGUGGAGACCACUGAAAGCGAUCCAUCCACUCAGAGUACACUGUCAAAAAACAAGUCAGAAUCUCAGCCGUCAAAAGCAGAAGCAGACUCAGACCUCGACAGUGAUGACGAGCUCACUCCCUACGAUAUGUCUGGAGAUCAGGAGAUGAGUCAGGCAUCCCCACCUCGGUACCUCAGGGACUGCCUGGAAACUUUGAUCUCCUCUGAAGAUCCGGAGCGCGUGGAGCUGAGUCUGAGGGCGGCUGAGGCUCUGGUGCGGAGGAAUGUCUUUGCAGCGAGGGAGAUCAGUGUCCAGAUGACCAAAGUCCUUCUUCACAUGGAAGAUAAAUACAGCAUUUCUGGCUUUCUGAAUCUGAGGCAGUCGACCAUGGUGGCUCUCACCGUCACCGACUGUAUUCCUGUCACUCAGUAUCUAACCACAGAGUUUUACUCCUUGAACUACAGCCUCCGCCAGCGGCUCGACAUCUUGGAGGUCCUUGCCGCCGCAGCUCAGGAGCUGUGUGCUCCAGCCUCUGACAGGAGAGCUGCUCCCAUUGGCCAGGCUACCCCUCCGGAGUCCACCCCAUACCCGGGAGACAACCCCGUUCACUGGAAAGAAGUUGUAGAAAAGCGAAUCCAAAGCAAGACCAGACGGAUAUCAAAAGGCGUCGCCCAACCUGCAGAAAAGGCAGCUCCCAAUCGUUAUGCUCCUGUUGCUGGGUACUUCUUUUUUCCUCUGCUCAGGAAUUAUGAUAGGCCUCAAGUGACCUUUGACCUGCUGGGCAGUGACCACCUGGUACUGGGUCGGUUGAUCCACACUUUAGGGCUCUUAAUGCAUCUGGCAGCUAACGCACCGGUUGCUGCCCAAAUGGGUCGUGCUUUGCUGGACUUUGUGUGGGCAGUUCGGUAUCACGCUGACCAGAUGGUGAGACGAGGUGUCCUCUUCGCUGUCUGUUCCGUGUUUGUGAGCAUGCCCAGUCAAAACCUGCUGGUGGACCUCGGCGAUCAGUUGUUUGAGACCAGAACUUGGCUUGCAGAUGUGGCUGAAGGAGACCCCCAUGCAGAUUGCAGGAAUUUAGCCAUGCAGAGCUUGAUGCUGCUGGAGCGGACUUUGAAAAAACAGCUCCAAGAUCCGCAGGCAUUAAGUCUGGAAUCUUGAUCAGAACAACAACUCUCAGCGAAUUAAGUUUAAAAAUACGUGUGGAGGAAGAUAUUUGUACUUCCACCCACUCAUUUGACGUCAUAGGCGGUACGGUGCCGUGUUGGUGGUACUCAUGUCCCUGUGUUUGGUGGUACGGGGGGCCAUCCUGCCGGAUACGGAUAAUCCUGAUGAUUCACUGAAGGAUGUCCUUUUGGCUCAAGAGCUUCUUUUGCAGGUGUUUCAGAAUCCCAGAAUCCCCCCCUCCUCUUUAAAAAAAAAAAAAAAAGAUCCUGGGGCAUUCAGCAAAGCAGAGAAAAGAAAGUUUUGUAUAUUUAUGAUUUUGUAUAAAUGAACAUUUUUAUAUUUGUUUGCUGUAAAAUUUCAUCACCGAAAUUAUUGAGAGAAUAAACAAUGAAUGGAUACUUUUGUCCUAAACACCUAUUUUUGGUAAGGUUUAGAAAUUAAGCAUCCAGGAUGUUCUUUUUAAACAUGUUUCCUGUAUAGGUACUUCUAUAUUUUUUUUAAAAAGGAAAGGAAAUGCUACUACUACUGUUUCCUGCGGUCACUGUCACAGGAACAUGCAUCCGUUUGUUCCGAAACAAUGGCAUUCAGUUGGUUUCUCAUAGAUUCAAACCUGACGUCGUUCUAAAACAUGAAGCUAUUCUGAAAAACUAAUCCACCUCAACUUAAAAUAUGUGUACCUCUAAACAAACAUUAAAUAGGCAAUAAAAAUAAUUGGAGAUGUAAAAACCUGUGGCUUCGCUGUAAAUAUUUAACAUGG